CCCAAGCGCCGCUCCGGCUGCAUCGCGCUCACACCGAGCUCCGGGCCCCCGCAGCGCUAGCGCCGCCGCCGCCGCCUCCCUCCUUCCGCCGCCAUGAUCAUCUACCGGGACCUCAUCAGCCAUGAGGAGAUGUUCUCCGACAUUUACAAGAUCCGGGAGAUCGCGAACGGGCUGUGCCUGGAGGUGGAGGGGAAGAUGGUCAGUAGGACAGAGGGUACCAUCGAUGAUUCCCUUAUCGGUGGAAAUGCCUCUGCUGAAGGUCCUGAGGGUGAAGGAACAGAUGCCACUGUAAUCACUGGAGUCGACAUAGUAAUAAACCAUCAUCUGCAAGAAACUAGUUUCACAAAAGAAUCCUACAAAAAGUACAUCAAAGACUACAUGAAAUCAAUCAAAGGCAGACUUGAAGAACACAAGCCAGAUAGAGUAAAACCUUUUAUGACGGGAGCUGCAGAACAAAUCAAACACAUCCUUGCUAAUUUUAAAAACUAUCAGUUCUUCAUAGGCGAAAACAUGAAUCCAGAUGGCAUGGUGGCUCUCUUGGAUUUCCGUGAGGAUGGUGUGACUCCAUAUAUGAUUUUCUUUAAGGAUGAUUUAGAAAUGGAGAAAUGCUAACAAAUUAAGCUGAUUACUUUGAAUCACCUGUCAUCAUAACUGGCUGCUGCUUUUUGUCAUCUACACAACACCAGGACUUGGACAAACUUGGACUGAUGUCAUCUUGAGCUUUAUUCAUUUAUUUUUGACCUUGAUUUAUUUGGAGUGGAGGCAUUGUUUUUAAAAACAUGUCAUGUAGGUUGUCUAAAAUAAAACGCAUUUAAACCC